AUUCUGUGACCCGGAAGUGCUUUCUAUAAAUGUUGCCACCAAGACGUAGGUGACUGACAGAUUGAAGCUUGGUUCAACGUGCCACAAAUGGUCUACUGUAACAUCUAAGUAUUUACACAAUGGUUUGGAUAAGUAGGAUUUGUUACCGGAAGUAUGGCAACUUCGUGGAUAACCUGCGUUUGUACGUACGAGGGGGCAGUGGCGGAAUGGGGCUGCCCCGUUUGGGGGGUCAAGGGGGGAAAGGUGGAGAUGUGUGGGUGGUGGCUCAGAAGGAAAUUACUCUAAAGAAGAUGAAGGAUAAGUAUCCCCAAAAACGCUUCACCGCUGGAGUGGGAGCCAACAGUAGUGUACAGGCUCUGCGGGGGCAGAAAGGAGAGGACCAGGAAAUCUUGACGCCUCCUGGGAUUACUGUUACCGAUGAUAAUGGAAAGGCUCUAGGUGAGCUAAACCAUGAGGGGGAUCGUGUGCUUGUGGCCAGAGGAGGUCUGGGAGGCUCCUACCAUUCAGGUUUUCUGCCCAAAAAGGCCCAGGCCAGAAUAAUACGACUGGACCUCAGACUCAUUGCUGACAUCGGCCUGGUGGGGUUCCCCAAUGCUGGGAAGUCUUCCCUACUGACCGCUCUCUCUCACGCUAAACCCCAAAUUGCUAGCUAUGCCUUCACAACCCUGAGGCCAGAGAUUGGCACAGUCAUGUAUGAUGACCAUAAACAGAUCUCAGUGGCAGAUCUUCCAGGGCUGAUUGAGGGGGCCCACAUGAAUAGAGGCAUGGGCCACCAGUUCCUCAAACACGUGGAGAGGACCAAACAGCUGCUCUUUGUGGUCGAUGUUUGUGGUUUUCAGCUGGCAAGCAAAACACCUUUUAGGUCAGCCUUUGAAGCUGUGCAACUUCUAAGCAAGGAGCUGGAGCUGUAUAAAGAGGAGCUCCUAUGUAAGCCUGCUGUUUUGGUGGUGAAUAAGAUGGACCUGCCUGGUGCAGAACACAAACUCACUGAGCUACAGGAGCAGCUUCAAACCCCUCAAGAGUUCUCCCACCUUUUACCAGAGGAUAUGGUUCCCAAAAACAACGUGGUCUUCAGACAUGUGAUUCCCAUCUCAGCCGUCACUGGUUUAGGCAUCACUCACCUUAAGACUUACAUCCGCCAAUCACUGGACGAAGAUGCCUCUUUGGCAACGGAGUCCCUCCACCGUGAUAAGUUACAGGCGCUCAGAGGAGUGGUACCAGCCAAAAACACACUCGCAUGGGGCUCAAGCCCGUCAGUUUGAACUGCGAAACGUUCAGGGUUACUGGGUUCUGUAGUUUGGAAUAAACAGAACUUGAAAGGGGGUCACUCAGCCUGGAACAUUUUCAAUAUUGUGGAAACCAGUGACCAUGGCAAAGUCACCCUCAUAACCCAGGCAGGGUGAUGUUCUCCUGUGCUCCCCUUUUGACUGGGCUAGGGGUGCGGUUGUGUUGUGUCUAAAACGUGCCAGUGCAACUGUUGUAUUUGAGUCUGGUUAAAGGUCUCUGGAUGUUGGGUAACAUUGUGCUUUUCCAUUAUGCAAUAUGAAGAAAGCCUGUUUCAGCAAAACCCCUUCAAUGGGGAAAGGAAUAACUCCCAACACACACAGACAUUAUCGAUGAAAGUUUUAU